AUGGGCAAUCUUCAAUCCAUCUCAAAUAAGAACGACAGCCGCCGUUCUAAUCGCCUUUCCAAACCUUUGACCAAGAAACUGCCUCCUUCCCGCUCAGAUUAUGAGUCUCCAGAGUUAUCCACCGGCUUGAUUGGAUGGCAGAAUCCAUGGGUUGGCUCCUCCAUCUCCGAGGUGAAGAGUGCUCCCAGUCCCCACCCGAGGGAGGUUGGUCCUCUGUUCGAGUUAGAGCCAACCCCGGGGAGGCUGGAGAUACCCGUGAUAUCGAAUCUAUCUCGUGACCCUCUGCCGCCGCGCUCCAGCUCUCUGUCAGCCGCCCCAGUCGGCAAAAGAGCCAGUCAGCCAUUGAUGUCGCCAACUUCCUCGUUUUCAAUCGUUUCGGAGCAGCCAAGGCGAGCGAAUUCGGUUCAGAUUGGUCUCCAAAGACAACGGAGUGUCUAUGAAAAUGCGAUAGAAGAUGCAACGUCCUCCAACACCCAUUUCUUGGUGGGUAACCAACGUUUCUCAUUAACCCGGCGACGCUCUUUGUUGACACGCCCUGGAGUGGCGACUCGACGAACUACUGGUGUAAUCAGACGCAUGCCAUCACCCAUUGGGGAGCCAGAGAUGGAUGAUUCAGAGUCUACUCUUCUAGACUGGUCUCUACCUCCACGCCAGAGACCCCCGAGUCCUGCAGAUGCUCGAUACACUCAACUUGGCGCACUGAAAUUGGGUUCUCUGCGGGUGGUCAACGGCUCUGCAUCUCCAUGCCCGAGUGAGCGUGUUCCUCUUGCCCGAUCUACCAUUGGUGGUCCCGGGCUUGGCCUGGAGGCCAUCCAAACAACCUGUGCGGCAACAUUGGAACCUUGCUCGGUGUCCGGGAUGAAGAAGUCAGACGAUGUUCCAGGGAGCCCAUUUUCCUUUGAGAAGUCUCCUACAAUCGCAGUGCCUCCGCGAGGAGCGGCUAUUCUUAGAGAACUGGAAGAUGAAGGAAUUGCAAUGUGUGAGGAGACCCCUCUUGAGAAGUGCCCCACGGAAGUUGGAAUGGAUCGGAGCACCUCCCGAUCACUUAACAAGUCCGAUAGCGGCUAUAGUUCCGCCACCUCAUUCCGCUCGGGUCAAGGAAGCCGAACAAGGACGUCUCUCGACUCGCAGACUUCGGUAUCUUGCGCUGCGGACGAGAAGAUCCAACUUCAUCCCACCCUUCAGGGAAGAGUGCCCGGAAGUUUCUGUCAACCAAGUCAUACUUCUGAUCGCUGGUAUGAUACUAAUGGUGUCAAUGUACAGUUACGGCCUGGGACAAGGGCACGUCGAUCUACACUGUGUGCACCUCGAUACACAGAAUACUCCACCCAGAAGGAUCUCACGGAGUUCAGCAGUUCACCAUAUCCCUUUGCUUUCCAGAAAGAGGAGAUUGUGUCCAGUGGAGGGUCUUCUUGCGCGGAUCGUUACUCUGUAACGACAAUUGGUACGUGCUACAGCUCGAGCUCGUCGAUCACGCUGGAGACCGCAAGUAGCUCUCAGCAGAGGACUAGCACAGAAAUCGUAUCUGGGAUGUAUCGAUCUGCUUCCGAGCAGCGCCUUAAUCUCAACGGAAACGGAAACGAAAAGCACAAAACAGAGGUUUCCCACUCCCGGUCCCGAAGCCGACGAAGCGGUCGAGUUUGGCACCAGAGACUUGACAUUGAUGUGCCGCCUCUACCGACGAUCUUAUCUCCAGAUCACAUUCAAGUUGGAGAAGAAAAUGCUAGAGAGUUUCCUAUCUCUGAGCCCCGAGGCCGGCCCCGCAACCGUAGCCAGGGCCACCGCAGGCUAACAAAAACACGUCAACGGCCUGAUGUUCAUAUGACGACUUCUCCUUUUUUCCUUGGCUAA